AUGCGAGGAGACGUUCUUGUAGCGAACCAAAUCCAAUCAAUGAACAUCGGUGGAGCAAAUGGUUCCGACUAUAUCAACGAUCUAUAUCGUGCUUAUCAGGAUGCAGAAUCGAUGUAUACGGAAACUCGUUCGUCACGCAUUCGCGCUGCGAUGUUUCCUGAGAGCGAAGCCGGGCCAUCAUCUGGUGUUCCUCUUAGAAGCACUAUAAUAGAACAGAUGUCUGUUCCUGCUCGCGUAUUGAAGACCGCAGUACUGGAUCUGCUUUCUUUUGAAGGUACUUCCGACAUCAGUGCUCUGCCUGUUCCAGACCUUAUUGAUCUUAUGUCCGAUCGCGAUGAGGCUGUUGUUGCGCGAGCUGUGCAAAGGGUUUACCUUCUCUCCAAAGAGGACCGCAGUCUCGCCUCGUAUCCAGGUUUGGUCGAUGCUCUGAUUAAGGCUAGCAAAGGCGACAAUAUCAACGUUAAGCGUGAUGCAGUCGGAGCACUAAGUCAUAUUUCUGAACACCCUCAGGGAAGGAUGCAAAUAUUCCGUUCAGGUGGCCUAGCGGAACUAAUUCGCAUGCUUUACUGUCCCUUUGAGACAGUAGUGCAAUAUGCAGUUACUACUCUCCGUAAUCUUCUUAUGCAUGUGGAUACUGUGAAGGCGCAGGCACGAGUACUUGGUGCUAUUGAAGCAUUAGCACCUCUUCUUCUCAGGAGCAAUUGGAAGUUUUUAGCACUGGUGGCGGACAGUCUCUAUUUUCUUCUAUUAGAUGAUCCACAAUCGAAAAUCGUGUUCUUGUCCUUGGGUGGGCCUCAAACGCUGGUCCACAUACUCAACAAUUACACACAGUAUCCGAAACUUAUGUAUACUGUUAUUCGUUGCAUAAGAUCCUUAUCCGUUUGUCAACAGAACAAAGCAGCUCUAAUUUCACUAGGGUGUCUGCCAGCUUUGUACAGAGAGUUAUGUGCGACAAACGAUGACCGUGUACUCUUGGCGAUACUUGUUGCAAUGCGGAACCUUUCAGAUGCAGCAACUAAUGAAGACAACUUAGCGCCUUUGGUCAUACGUUUGUUGGAAAUUGUUCGCGUAGCGGAUGCUGCCCAAACAUCUUGUGCUUGUGGUAUACUUAGCAAUCUCACAUGUAAUAACGUACGAAACAAACAAACGCUAUGUACCAAUCAUGGAGUGCAUUCGUUAGUAGAGGCAAUUAACCGUUUUCCGGAGGUUGAGGAAGCUACAGAGCCGGCUUUGUGUGCUCUUCGCCAUUGCACUGCAAGACAUUCGUUUGCUGAGCAGGCUCAACAAGACCUUCGUCUCUGUAGAAGUUUUCCAAUGCUACUGCAACUUUUGGCAACACUUCGUGCCCCAGUCAUCAAAGCCGCUCUUGGAGUCAUUCGCAAUUCUGCUUUGCUUCGGGCGAACCUUGUGGAACUGACACAAGAAGUGACAGAAAGAGGUGAGACCGUUGUUUCGUUGACAGUAGACAUCUUAGCACGGGCAGCAGCCACAAUACGUGAAGAUCCAGCGGCAGAGAGUGACGGAGUCCCCAUAUGGGGUGUGGUUGAAGGUGCUGUUUCGGCGCUUCAUCAGCUCGCAUCACAUCCAGCUGUAGCGGCACAGCUGUGUGAUGAUCCGUCGUUUAUAGCCCUUAUUGUGGAGUUCCUUUCAAGGAGCGAUGUGUCUGGUGCAGAAGAUGAGCUUCUUGAACGUGAGUUAUUGGGACUUCUGUAUCAGUUGAGCAAGACUCCGGAAGGGGCUCGUACAGUUGAAGAAGCUGGUGUUACUCCCACUCUCGUCGAGGCUAUGCGAUCAGAGCAUAAGUCUGUUGCCACGUAUGCCUCCGGAGUGUUAAAGAAUUUGGAGAACGAUAAACCUGCACCUUAUAGACAAGACUUGGAUGUUGAAUUGUCUUCGGGUUGGCAAAGAGAUGGAUUGGAGCCGGAGUUAUUCGGAGAAAUGUAUCCAGUGCAUGGCAUGGAACGAAUCGACCACUUUCCUACACCUCCAAAUAACAGCAGCUGGUUUGAUACGGACCUAUAA